AUGAUCGGGAGAAGUAAAUCAAGCCUAAAUCUCAACGAUUCCACCCAGACCCAAGUCGAAAGACCUACAAGAAACCUCCAGAGAAUGCGAAAUAGCAUCACAGCAGAUAGCAUUGACACACUACGGACAACGCUGAAAGCCGCGCCGUUGAUGAAGUCGGUACGAUUUCAUGGACCGGGCGAUAUCCGGGUCGACGAGAUUGAUGAGCCAUUUUGUAGGGCGGGGGAGGUCAAGAUUCGGCCUGCUUUUGUUGGGAUUUGUGGGAGUGACUUGCACGAGUAUAUGAGUGGGCCGAUUUUGAUUCCUAAAGAACCGCAUAAUAUCACAAAAACAAAAUUUCCUGUGACGAUGGGGCAUGAGUUCGCGGGUAUCGUGGAGGAUGUGGGAGACGGCGUGACGAAUGUCUCUCCGGGACAGAGAGUGGUGGUACGGCCGACAAUUUAUGAUGGAUGCUGUAGCUCGUGUGAGUUGGGAAUUGAGUACUGUUGUGAGAAUAUCGGGUUUAUCGGCUUGUCUGGCUAUGGCGGCGGAAUGGCCAAAUACAUGACCGCACCCAGCAACCACUUUUACCCUAUUCCCGACAAAGUCUCCCUCGAAGCCGCAGCCCUGGUCGAGCCACUAGCAGUAUCUUGGCACGCCGUCAACGUCUCCCCCUUCAAACCCAACCACAACGUGCUGGUCGUUGGCGGCGGUCCAAUUGGGAUCGGCAUCGUGCAGGUCCUCAAACUGCAAGGCGCAAAAAACGUCAUAGUUUCCGAGAUGACGGAGAGUCGUAAGAGAUUCGCGCUAGAGUACGGUGCAACGCAUGUCCUGGACCCGUCACAGGUUGACGUGGCCGAGAAAGUGCGGGAGAUUACAAACGGGAUCGGUGCGGAUGUGGUAUAUGACACUGCCGGUGUGGAGAUUGCGCUGAAUAGUGCUAUCCGUGCUUGCCGGACGCAUGGGAGUAUUGUCAACAUUGCGGUUUGGAAGAAACGGCCUGCGAUUCAUGUGAAUGAUUUGAUGUACCAUGAGAUCAAGUAUGAAGGUGCGACGUUGUAUGAUGAGGGGUCAUUUCGGGAUGUGAUCAGAGCGUUGAGCUACGGUCAAUUGAAACCGGAGAAAAUGAUCACUGGAAAGAUAAAGCUGGACGAGGUGGUGGACAAAGGAUUCAAGGCCUUGGCAGGAGAAGAACGAGAGAAGCAUUGCAAGAUCCUGGUGGACGUGCAGAGCACCAGGAACCCACCGAGAAUGGGAUUUGGAGGCUUUGUGCUUCGCUUUUUCAACCUCACCAUUCGAGUACUGCAGCUACUCGAUGGUGCUGUCAUUCUAGGAAUCUUUUCCUACUUCCUCGCUAUCCAAACCAAGCAUAAUGUCGAAAUUCCGCAGUGGAUGCGGGCCGUGGAAGGUCUUAGCGGCGCGGCCACACUAUAUGGAUUACUGGGGUGUAUUUUCACUUGCUGCUUAGGAGGCGUGGCCUUCUUCGCGUAUCUCGCGAUGCUACUUGAUGUGCUUUUCGUUGGAGCCAUGAUUGCCAUCGUGGUGUUGACCCGUGAUGGUCCCCAGAGUUGUCAGGGACAGGUCGAUACACCGUUGGGAACGGGGGAUAGCAAUGAUGAUUCCCCGGCUGAGUUGAGCUUCGGUAUGGCCUGUCAACUGCAAAAGGUUGUUUUUGCUGUAGCCAUCAUUGGAAUUGUUUUCUUCCUCAUAUCCAUCGGCUUGCAGGCCCUCUACCGUCACAACCACAAGCGUGAGAAGCGAUUCGGUCCCUCCCCUCACAACAACUAUACUUACGGCACCCGUCGCGGCCGUGGUUUCAUCUGGCGCCGCAACAAGCAUAACCCGGACAGCACCGCCAACCCCGACGAUGCUCUCCCCGGCCACCCUACGCCUCAGGAUGUCGAACUUGGUACCAACAAUGAAAAGUCGAACGGUAAUGGAUUCUUUUCGCGCAACAAGAACAGCAAUGCUGGUGCCAACGGAUACGGCAACUCGGCGUAUACGGGUAACUACUAA